CCGGCCUGACCCUGCCCGGUCCCGUCCCGGUCCCGUCCCCCAGCACAUGGGCCGCGCCGCGAAGAAGCGGGAAGGAGGCGGCUGCCCGAUUUGUUUGUAAAUGCAUCAUAAACAGACAGCCCAGAAUGAAGAAAGCAAGCAGGAGUGUUGGCUCAGUGCCCAAAGUGCCUGGAGUAAAUAAAACUCAAACAACUGACAAAGCCAAACCAGAAAACGGCUCCUCAGUGUCUGCAGUAACAAAACUCUCUAAAACCGGGACAUCAGCAUCUCUUUUGAAGACUAAGAGCAAUGAUGACCUCUUAGCGGGGAUGGCAGGUGGUGGUGGAGUGACAAUGACCAAUGGUGUCAAGGCAAAGAAGAGCACUUGUGUAUCAACAGCAUCUUCAGCUUCAGGGACAACCAUGAACAGUCUGGAAAAUAAACCCAAAACUAUUGCAGGUACCAGUUCCACAACUAAGCGUAGCACUUCAUCUGGAAAUAAAGAGUCAAGCUCUUCUAGAGAAAGAAUACGUGACCGUUCUCGUUUAAGCCAGAGCAAAAAGCUUCCUUUGACUGGGCAGGGGACCAAUGAUACGGUACUGGCAAAACGCUCCCGCAGUCGCACCAACCCAGAAUCAGAUAUUCGGAUGAGUAAGUCCAAAUCAGACAAUCAAAUCAGUGACAAAGCUGCAUUGGAAGCAAAGGUGAAUGAUCUUCUGACAUUGGCAAAAACUAAAGAUGUGGAAAUCUUGCAUCUGAGGAAUGAGCUAAGGGAUAUGCGUGCUCAGCUGGGACUUAAUGAAGAUCAGCUUGAAGGUGAUGAAAAAUCUGAGGAAAAAGAGGCCAUAGUUACCCAUCAGCCAACUGAUGUAGAGUCUACAUUGCUACAGUUACAGGAACAAAACACUGCCAUCCGAGAAGAGCUGAACCAGCUGAAGAAUGAGAAUCGAAUGUUAAAAGACAGACUAAAUGCAUUAGGCUUUUCUUUGGAGCAAAGACUGGAUAACUCUGAAAAACUUUUUGGCUAUCAGUCCUUGAGUCCAGAGAUCACAGCUGGCAAUCACAGUGAUGGUGGUGGUACUCUGACAUCUUCAGUGGAAGGUUCUGCUCCUGGAUCAAUGGAAGACUUGUUAAGUCAGGAUGAAAACACUUUGAUGGACAACCAACAUAGUAAUUCCAUGGAUAAUUUAGACAGUGAGUGCAGUGAAGUUUAUCAGCCACUGACAUCAAGUGAUGAUGCCUUAGAUGCUCCAUCAUCUUCGGAGUCUGAAGGUGUACCAAGUAUAGAAAGAUCAAGGAAGGGAAGUAGUGGCAAUGCAAGUGAAGUGUCUGUAGCUUGUCUGACAGAACGGAUUCAUCAGAUGGAAGAGAAUCAACACAGUACAGCUGAAGAGCUCCAAGCCACACUUCAAGAACUUGCAGAUUUGCAACAAAUAACACAAGAGCUAAACAGUGAGAAUGAAAGACUUGGAGAGGAAAAAGUAAUCCUCAUGGAAUCCUUAUGCCAGCAAAGUGACAAGUUGGAACACUUCAGCCGCCAAAUUGAGUAUUUUCGGUCCCUUUUAGAUGAACACCAUAUUUCAUAUGUAAUUGAUGAAGAUAUGAAAAGUGGUCGCUACAUGGAGUUAGAGCAACGUUAUAUGGACCUUGCAGAAAAUGCUCGGUUUGAGCGAGAGCAGCUCUUAGGUGUGCAGCAGCACUUGAGCAACACUUUGAAGAUGGCAGAACAAGACAACAAGGAGGCUCAAGAAAUGAUAGGAGCGUUAAAAGAGCGAAAUCACCACAUGGAACGGAUUAUUGAGUCAGAACAGAAAAGCAAAACAGCGAUAGCAUCUACCUUAGAGGAGUACAAAGCCACGGUAGCCAGUGACCAGAUUGAGAUGAACAGGCUGAAAGCUCAGUUGGAGCAUGAAAAGCAGAAAGUGGCCGAGUUGUAUUCCAUACACAACUCUGGAGACAAAUCAGAUAUACAAGAUUUGCUGGAGAGUGUCAGGCUGGAUAAGGAAAAAGCAGAGACCUUGGCCAGUAGUCUGCAAGAAGAGCUGGCACACACUCGCAAUGAUGCCAACCGACUGCAGGAUGCCAUUGCUAAGGUUGAAGAUGAAUACAGAGUGUUCCAAGAAGAAGCCAAGAAACAAAUUGAGGAUCUCAAUGUGACUCUAGAAAAACUUCGGACAGAACUAGAUGAAAAAGAGACUGAGAGGAGUGAUAUGAAAGAAACUAUUUUUGAGUUGGAGGAUGAAGUAGAGCAGCAUCGUGCUGUGAAGCUUCACGACAACCUCAUCAUAUCUGAUUUGGAGAAUACAGUUAAAAAACUUCAGGACCAAAAACAUGACAUGGAAAGAGAGAUAAAGAAUCUCCACAGGAGACUCCGGGAGGAGUCAGCAGAAUGGCGUCAGUUCCAGGCUGAUCUACAGACUGCAGUGGUUAUAGCAAAUGAUAUCAAGUCUGAAGCCCAGGAAGAGAUAGGAGACCUGAAGCGUAGAUUACAUGAAGCUCAGGAGAAAAAUGAGAAGCUCACUAAAGAGCUGGAAGAAAUCAAGUCGCGCAAGCAGGAAGAGGAACGUGGUCGAGUGUACAAUUACAUGAAUGCUGUCGAGAGAGACUUGGCAGCUCUGAGACAAGGAAUGGGCCUGAGUCGCAGAUCAUCCACCUCCUCAGAGCCAACUCCUACAGUAAAAACACUCAUCAAGUCAUUUGACAGUGCCUCCCAAGUUCCAAGCCCUGCUACUGCCACAAUUCCUCGCACUCCCCUGAGCCCAAGUCCCAUGAAAACUCCCCCAGCUGCUGCUGUAUCCCCUAUGCAGAGGCAUUCUAUAAGUGGACCAAUCUCAGCUUCAAAACCCCUUGCUACGCUGACCGACAAAAGACCAAGCUAUGCUGAAAUACCUGUUCAAGAACAUUUGCUGAGAACAUCCUCUACCAGCAGGCCAGCAUCUUUGCCAAGAGUACCUGCUAUGGAAAGUGCCAAAUCUAUUUCUGUCUCUCGAAGAAGUAGUGAAGAAAUCAAGCGGGAUAUCAGUGCACCUGAUGGAGCAUCUCCAGCAUCUCUCAUGGCAAUGGGUACCACCUCACCACAACUGUCACUCUCAUCUUCUCCUACAGCAUCAGUCACCCCUACAACCAGAAGUCGAAUAAGGGAAGAGAGGAAAGAUCCUUUGUCUGCCCUAGCAAGGGAAUAUGGAGGAUCCAAGAGAAACGCCUUGCUGAAGUGGUGCCAGAAAAAAACAGAAGGGUAUCAGAAUAUCGACAUAACAAACUUCAGCAGUAGCUGGAAUGAUGGUUUGGCUUUCUGUGCAGUCCUCCAUACUUACCUCCCAGCCCAUAUUCCCUAUCAAGAACUAAAUAGCCAGGACAAGAGAAGAAAUUUCACUUUGGCUUUUCAGGCAGCUGAAAGUGUUGGCAUCAAAUCUACUCUGGACAUCAAUGAAAUGGUGCGAACUGAGCGUCCAGACUGGCAGAAUGUCAUGCUGUAUGUUACAGCAAUUUACAAAUACUUUGAAACCUGAAACCCUAAUAAUUCAACAGAUCCAUGGGAUAGAACCAACAUGAGUUACCAGAUGGAAACCUUACUGAAUGCUAAUCCCUGUUUCACUGAAAACUGGCAACAUUUGAGUCCCCUCAAACUUCAGUGAUGCUAUCCUGGAUUGCCUCAGAAUGCUUCAGCUACUAAGCCUGGAAAUAAGUGUUUAAAAGCAAGAACUUGUUGCCACAGUGCUUGGAAUAACCCGAGUUGUUAAGCUAUUCACAUUAAUUAUGUAGCCUAAAGGGCCUGGACUACUUAUGUGCUGCCUUUCCAGCCAGACUUCCUGGAGCUUUCUUUCUUAGGAGAGUGAGAUGAAUGGAUCCUAUAGCAUAUAGCAAAGAUAAAGCUUUGAGAAGGAAAAGGAUAACAUGGCAUCAUAUUCCUGAACUUUCUGUAGCAUCUUGAUACCGCAGAGUCUGAAUAUUCUGUCCACAGCAUAUGGCACCCCAAUACAGUAGAGUUCUUGAUGGUAAUUUAAUUAUUGCCUUUACAGCUAUUUUCCCUCCUUUUAAAUGUGCACAAUACUCUAGGAAAACAUGCUUUUAUUCCUAAUGACAAAUUGAGUGGAAAAGUGCUCUCAAUACCUCGAAAAAUUUGGCACAGAACUCUUCAUUCUAAAGCUUCAUUAUAAGCCUACCUCUGUCACAGCUACGUGGCUUCCAACUUUAUGGAUUAUAAGGACUAGCACACACAGCUCCUGGUUUUCCGGGUAUGCUGUAUUUCAAGGAAUCUUUCCAAACUCCCUGUGCUUCCAUUAUAACAGAAAUGAAACAAUAAUUAACCCUUGCAUGGCUUCUUCUUUCCACUAUUUCUCCUUUGUCUGUGUAGCACACACAGCUACCCCAGGCUUUACAGCAAUAUGAACAUACAUCAUGGAUUUCUGUGAUAGAAUUUUGGAACUGGGAUAGCAUUUCUCUGAAGAGAAGAUAUUUUCCAUAAGAUGUAACAAUGAAGUAGUUUGUCUCAAAAUUCAUCUUUGCCAUCUUUUCUGUGUGUUUUUCGUCGAUCUUGCACAUCCUCAUCUGUCUGACAGAAGGUGAGACAUUCUCUGACAAGAACUAUGGAGGAACUGAUGUAAUGCAUAUACACCCAGUAGUCUUGAUUAUUGCGUGGAAAUGACUCACUGUCACAAGGAAGGAACUGAGAAACUUUCGUCUGCUCAACUUCUAUUUUCCUAAAAUGUACCUGAAUUCAUGUAACAGUUCUCGGGCAAAAGAGUUCAAGUAAGUGCCUUAGUGAUCAUUGAAUUGAUAAAUACUGGCACUUCAGGGCCUGUGUGGAAUGUUAAUAGCUCAGAAUGAUUUCAUAUAUCCAUUUGUAAUAAGCUGUUUGUUGUAAUCUUGUUUGUCAAAUCAAGGGAAGACUUCACUCUGUCAUUGCUUCUGCCUCUUAUUUUUCUGAAUACUUAUCAGCAAUUAAUCCACAGUUGAACAUCUCUCAUUAAUAUUGAGCAGAAGCCUACUUUAGAAGCGAGUUCUGUAACAACUGCUAUUUAUAAGCACAUGCUCUUUCAACACAGUAACCCUGUUACAAAGAAAAUUAAUCUGCCAUUCCUGUGGUGCUCUUAUGACUGUUAAGGAUGUUAGCGCAGUGAAUGCAACUGUGCUUGGCAUCUGUGAAACUUCAUCAUGGUAUAAAAGCACAGAUUUAACUCAAUAUUAUUGCCAAAUCCAAAAAUCUAUCACCUGAAGAACAGCCCAUGUGAAGAGUAACAAUUCAGCAUGUCUCUAGCAGCUAGUAUUGUAUAAAAAUAUGUGCUUACACUGAUAUGUGCCUGUGAAAAUUAUGAAAACUUGCAACAUAACUGCUUAAUCCAUGCUGAAGGACUUGGGAGAAGUUUUCAGAGCAGCAGGGUCUCAUACGCACUUAGAGUUGUUUAGUACCCUAAAAGUAGCUAGAUACCCCGAGAUGAUUCAUUAGUGCAUUUCAAGAGCAAAUGUAAAGUCAAUUGUUGCAAGAGAGGCUUCAAGAGAAAAAUCUUCAUUAACAGAUUUUAAUAAAAGUCUGAAAUGCAAAUUCCUCUCCCAUAUAUGUCUUCAAAAAUUGUUACUUUAUUUCUUCCUCUUAUUGGAAAUGCAUAUUAUUGCUGUCUCACAGUCCAUCUCCUACCAAUAAAUUCUAGGUUUUGACCAUUUGAGUUCAAAAAAACUUUCUGUUCAUCCUCUGGACAGACUUCCUUAUCUCUGUGGUUGUCUUAUUCAUUGCUUUUGAUUUGAAGAAAGUAUUUUUCUAAUGAAAAAGGAGAGCAUUUCUUGGUCUAAAUUCACUCGUGACCUGUUUUCUUAAGGUAAUUGGAGCUUUAAGCUGAAUUUUUCCUUUCUAAUGGUCAACUUCAUUUACCUGGUAUGCUCUAUUAGUCCUUAAAUGAAACAACACGAAUAGUGUCACGAUUUGUAAAAGGGGAAGUCACAUUUCCCAGAUACUUUCUGUUAAAAAGAUGAAUUGCUAGUCUUCACAUGGAGAGAAGAAAAAGAAUUAAAAACAUUACCUUGUUUUCAACUUCAGAGCUCUGUAAACUUCUUGGUGUCAUUUGUCUGAUAAGCCUCUGUAAAGAAGUAUUUGGCUUCAUGAAAAUUGUUUUCUACAAUGAUAUAUCUGAGCCUUUACAUAGAAGGUGCUGCACAGCUGCUGUCCAAGUGGAAAUAAUGAAGCAAUGGGAGAUCCAAAACAAGCAUUCUGCUGCACUCUACAACAUUCCUUUUCUGAAGGCCCAAACUGCAUUCAGUUUUUCAAGAGGAAGAAUAGCUGUAGUCCUUCUGGACAUGAUGGUACUGUUCUUUUUGGUUCCUACUCAUAGUUAAUCCUGAAACAGCAUGGGGUUUUUUAUACAUCUGAAGUGUAAGUUUAUGCUGAUUUGCUUCCCUUUCUUUCUAACCCAGAAAAUAUUUCUGAAUGUACUAAAAAAGGACAAAUAUUUUAUCAUCAAUUUAUGUUAUUGCAUUUUAAUAUGUGCCUUGUAAAUGCCUGUGCUGUAGCAUAUCAGGGUUAUUCAUUGCCAGCUGUAGGGGUGGGGUGGGCAACAAAAUUGAGCAUAUUGCUGCAGAUACAGCUAUAUCAUCUUUUGAUCCUGUUUACUGAAACACUUCCAUAGACCAGAGAGGUCAGUUCACAGCCAAAUGUGGAUUUGGUUUGGCUAGUUGUCAUCCUCAUGCAAGAUCAUUAGGAGCAAAUUGAAUGAACGUUUGUGGGAUUUUCUUUACCAAUGAAGAAUGGGUGGGAGGAAAAACUUAAUUUUGGUUAUUCAGGAAAAUUCUGUUGGAAAAGUUUUGGUUUGGUAUAUCUAACAGUGACAGAACUGGUAUGACUUCAGAGUGGAUUACAUUUGAUUUGGUUUUCAGUUGGUUUUGUUUGAUCCAGUUUGAUUUGGUUGUCUAUUUAAAUAGAAACACUAGUUUGGUAUCUCUGGCCCUCAUAAAGACCUCUCAUUCUUAUGCCUCUGAAAAAUGGUGAGUGAAAUUUUCCCUUUGUAACUUGUAUUUCUGGAUUGUUAUCCAGAAUAUUGUAUUCAGUUACAGCAUAUUCUUAUUUUAAAUUAUUUUUUUUCUCUUUUGCAUGAAAAAUAUUCCCAAAUUUACAUGUAGCAUUUCUAAUAUUUUUUAUCUCCAAUUUUGUAAAAUAUUCCCACUGUUUCUGUUUUUCUGUAAAGCCUAUCAUCAUGCCCAAGCUAAAUGAACUUAGCUUUAAUGUGUUGGUGUAAACUCACAUUAAUAUCACUGGCAGCAGUUGUAUUCUGGGUUUACAUGCAUAAGGAGAAAUCACUUUGCCCGUUGCUGGCGGUACAAUAGUUUGAAGUGCUGAGGGCCUGCCUUAAGAAUUUUGUAGCUGUGCACACAGUUCUCAUUGGUGUCUCAUUUCUGUUAAUGAUAUCAAUGUUAAGUUUUUACCUAUUCUUUUUUUCAGUUUCCUGAUUCAACACUUGAGACAUUUGGAUUCUAUUGCAUCUUUUGCAUCAUCAAAAAAUUACUUGUACUCAGUUCUCUCUGUUGCUGUACAGUUUUGGUCCAAUGUACAAAUUUCGUUAUAGCUUUGUUUUAAACAAAAUUAUUUGCGAACUUCUAGGUGUUUUUCUUACUUUCUAUGUUCUGCUUGUGACUGAUUUGGAAACGCUAUCUGGUUUCAGGUGGUACAUGACUGUAUCUUCCAAAGUUGCCCCCUCUGGACAGCUGGCAUGAAGCUAUGCACAGGCUAAAGUUAAGCCUUUAAAACUGUGUUCAUGUGAUUCAUGUGAGGACUUCUUAUUUGCCUCUUGCAACUAAUACAAUUACAGCUUAACUGCAGGCUGCAUCAAGCAAGAGGUGAUAAGGGGCUGAAUUCUUCUGGGAAGGAAUCCAGUUAUACACCUUUACACUGUCUUUUUGUCUACUGUGAGUACUGCUCUUGCUGAGGUGGCUUAAGAGAGAGGAUUUUAAAAUACUAGUGUCCAUGUACAGGCUGAUUCGCCUGUAUACUUUGGUUGUGGUCCUUCCCUUGACUUGGUAAAUACUUAUUCCUGGUUUAUUUUUAUGUUCUGCCAAACUCUAUUUCUGGAAUUCCUUCCGUUAAGCUAGCAUUAGUAUCUGAAUGCUCAGUAAUAUUAAUCACUUUGAAAAAUGAUGUGGAGAGAACUGGUAUUGAAGUGCAGUUGUCAUCUACCAGUUCCGGACAUGCCAUUGUGCCUUCCCAAGUGUAAAGUGUGUUCCUGUUGUGUUGAUUGGCAAAACGUUUUAGAGCUGUUUAACUCUCCCAUGACUUCCUUAUCUCCCAUACAGCCUGCAUCAUCCCAGGAUGUCCAUCAGGUGUUCUUGCCCCCAGGUUAUUAACUCCUUAGAUGAGUUAAGAGUUUACAGACAUCUCUAAUGUGUGUUUAAUUGUCCUUGUUUAGAAAGGUGGCUCUCACGGUGUUUCUGCCUGCAAAGGAGAGUGGCUGGAUGGGUUUUAAAUUCCUGUCUGGCCUGCUGAGCAUUCUCAGUCCUUCAUUCAUGUAUGUUUUUUCUGUUGUAUUCCCUGAUUCCGAUAUCGGUGUUGUAGUACUCCUAAUUGUCAAAGCCAAGAUGUUAAGCAUCUGGAAUAUGUAGCAACUAUGCUUUUGCUAAUUAAUGUAAAGUAACUUAAAAGAUCAAGGUUUGUACAGUUCUGAUUUCUGUUAGCCUGUUGAUACAAGUGUCCUUUCUUCUUUAUGUAUUUGUGCUUGCCAGUUGUUGGGAUGCAGCACCCUUGCUCAGUUUGACGAGGCCUCUGUCUUCGUCUCCUUCGGUUAAUUCAUUCUGAAAUAAUAGGGUUAUUUCCUCUACACUGAAAAUUCAGUAAAACCUAUGACUACAAGAUUACUUCUUCCAACUGACAUUAGCUUAACUUUUACUAAUUUGGAAUAUUCUUUACCCUUAUGCCACUGUCUGCCACAGAGUUGCCCAUAAAAUCCAGUCAGUUCCAGCAGGACUUGUGGAUGCAAAACAGUAGGGUAAACUUUUGACAGAGUGUUAUGGCAGCCUGAUGCAGUUAAGCUGGUUUCAUUUUAAUCCCCUAUUUUCAGGGGGUUUCAGUUUAGCCAAAAUCCCUUACUCAAAGCUGAAAUUUGUCACAUUUGUUCUCCACUGGGAAGUAUGCUUCUGUUUAAUAAUAUUUUUAUGAGAUUGUAUUUAUGGAAGUGGAAAGAAAAAUGUCAUGAAGCUAGUUUUGUUGCACUUUUCUAAGGCUUUUGUAUUUUGCAUAGAUUUCCAGAAUAUGAACAAGGUGUUUGGAGAAGUUAAGGCUUAAAACCUACUUUGCCCCAUUAUAGCUAUGUAUUACGUGCAUUUUCAUUCUAGUGAUAUGUGUAUUAUUUUAAUUGCAUGUAACUAGUGUAUUUAUAUGGUAGUUAGGAAGCCCAGUGGACAUUUCCUGCUGCAGAGGAGCCAUUGGCAGUCCUGGUUCCACAGUUCAUGAACUGACCUGUUUUGACAGUAGACUGCAUUUGCAAUAAUGGAAUAGUCAUUUUUGUUUCUGGACUGUGUUUUCAUAGCUGGGAAGAAAGAGGCUGCUCUUUUUUUGUCCCAUUGUUGAAAUUUCUCUGGAGGCUUUUACUGGUUUCCAAUUAUUGCAUAUGUUCCAUUAGGAUGAUUACUUGGGAAUCAGCUCGGUAAAGAGGGAACAAGUACAUACUCAAGUAAUUAAUCCUUGUAACUUAACAACAUUUCAGUUUGUUAGAAACUUUUUCUGUGUAUUAUAAGGUAAAUUUUACUAAUUUUAAGUAGCACUUUUAAACAUAUCUGAAGGGUUAUUUUGAACAGAAAUGUUUUUCCUGCAUUUUAUCUAAUGGCAAGAAAGUAUAAUACUGCUAAACAAAGCAUAGACUAAUUAGCCUCCAGACUGUAAGUUCACUUUAGGUCAGUAAUGAUCAAGAGUUGUUCUAUGUAUAUGAAAUAAGUCAGUGAUCCCACUUAAUGUUGGACAACUCUCCAGAUCAAAGACAGAAGGGCAUUAAUAGGUACCCUCCAACCCUUGGGUGAGGGUCAUUUCAGUUCAGGUAUGAGGCAGAAUUAGCAGAACAGUGUGAUUAAUUUGGGCUUCAUGAAAGAACAGAAUUUUAUUGAUAUCUCACUGUAACUUCACAUCAUUAUGUUGGAUAAGGAAUAAGGACUAACCUUGUUUGAGAUGACACUGCAGCCAGCAAUAAUAUCUCUCAACUAGCUAGUUUAAACCUCAUUUUCCGUGGCUUUUAAAAGUGAUGUAGAACACAGUGAAUCUUAAAAACUUUUCUUAUCCAUCCAGCUUUUCUGAUUUGUAUUGGCUUUAGAGUCCCUUGAAACACAACUGUAGACUUACCUAACAUUACAUUUAUGGGUUUAGUAAUUCUUGUUCUAGACAACAAGCGCUUUUUUCCAGAGCCCUUUCAAAUGUUUUAUACACACACAUUGGCAUAUAUGGACAUUUUACAUCUACAGAGAGGUUUUGCAUAGAUAUAUAUCUACGUACAUGUAUACAUGUUAUACAUGUAUGUACAUCUACAGGUUCUUAAUAAAACUGAACAUGUUUCAAGAAGUGCUUGCAUCUUGAAUACUUAGGCUGGUGUAUUAGUGUGUAUAUGUAAAAAGUAAGGAGAAAAAUACCAACAUUUUGUUUGCUUCUAGUUAGAGCUGAGAAAUACAGGUCUGAGGAAAAUUUGGAUGUAUGUUCAAACUGUAUUUCAUCCUGCUUCUGGUUUGAAAGGCACAAGCUGUUCAUCAUUGGAACUUAAAAGGUCAGCAAGCAUAUUUUAAGCUAAACCUUUUGGAGGACCUAAUAUGCUUUUAGUUUGCAAGGACCACUAAAGAUCUGGGCAUUUACUUUCUCCAUAAUGUAUUCUGUAUAAGUAUUUAGUAUGUAUGCCUUCAAUUUGCCAAUGUUGCCAUGUUCUCUUCUUAAUUAUUCAUGAAAUAAAGAUUGCAAAUAGCAAAA